GAAGGGCAGGGAUGUGUGGGGUCGAGGAGGAGCCCGGGGGAAGGGGAAGGGGCCGGGUCCCCGGGGCCGGGGCGGCGCCGCUGACGUAUCUCUCGGCCACCCCUUCUCACGACUAGCCAUGAACGGCCAGGCGGACGGCGAGGUCGACUACAAGAAGAAAUAUCGGAACCUGAAGAGGAAACUCAAGUUCCUCAUCUAUGAACAUGAGUGUUUCCAGGAGGAAUUGAGGAAGGCGCAGAGGAAACUCCUGAAGGUGUCUCGAGACAAGAGUUUUCUCCUGGAUCGGCUCCUGCAGUAUGAGAAUGUAGAUGAAGACUCUUCAGACUCCGACGCCACCGCCUCCUCGGAAAAUAGCGAGACAGAGGGGACGACCAAACUGGUCGAGACCCCGGCCCCCAAGAGGAAGAAAAGCCCCCAGCUGGGGGGUGCCCCUUCACCCUCUGCCCUCUCUCUGCCACCCUCCGGGUUUCCCCUGCAGGCUUCUGGAGCUCCCUCCCCCUAUCUGAGCUCGCUGCCCGAGCCCAGUCCCCUGAGGCCCAAGCGGGAGAAACGGCCCCGCCUGCCCCGGAAACUCAAGAUGCCCGUGGGUCCGCCCGAGUGUCCGGUGGGCGGCCCGCUGUCCUUCCCGGGGCGAGGAGCCGGCGAGGGGGGCGUAGGGGCGGCCCUGGCCCCGCUGGGGGCCACCAAGCUGCCCCCCCACACCAUCCUGAGCACAGUCCCGCGGCAGAUGUUCAGCGAUGCCGGCAGCGGGGACGACGCCCUGGAUGGAGACGACGACCUGGUGAUCGACAUCCCUGAGUGACUGGCCUCUUCCUUCUCGCUCCAAGGACUGUGGGUGCCCCCUCCCUUCAGGAAGCCCCAGCUCAGAUCGUGACCCACUCUCUUAUCCGUCUCUCCUCCUUCCUCUGCGCCCCCCCCCCCAAGUUAUCCCUUCAGUCUCCCUCCUAUUUUUUCCCUUUCUUGUCUGCUUUCUCCCCCAGAAACUUCACCUGCUUCCCCGUGCGUUCCUCCCCUCCCCACCCCCCGUCCCCUCUGCCCCAUUCCCAGGCGGUUGCAAAGAUGAACUGCCAGUGACUCCUUUUUGCUUCUCUGAGACUUUUUAUUGAUUUUUUUCGGUUUCCGUGGUUUUGGCAUCGACACAAUCAAAAGGCUUAUAAACAUGCAACACGGACCGACAGAGCGGGGGCCGGGGGAAGAGGGGCGGAGAGGAAGCCCCCACACCGGCUCCACCCCCCCAUUCUCCCUCACCCCUGAAAGAGUGGAAAUACCCUGCUGUUCCUUUAACGAGUCAGUCCCUUUUUCUUAGAUUUAUUUUUUUUUUGACUGCAGGAGGCAAAUUUUAUAGAAAGGGUGGGCCUUGCAAAGCAGAAAAGACAACACUGGCGCCCGAACCCUUAAGGGGAGCGUCCUCCCGAUCUCUGGAUUGCAGCCCCAAAAGAAUAUGCCGUAAAGGAGCAGACCAAGGUACUUCCAGGGGAGACCGGGCAUGCCUGUCUCCCAUUCCUGAAGGCAAAGCUCACGGGACUGUCCACCCUCUAACGGGGGUGGGUUACCAGUGCUGAUUUUUUUUUUUUUUUUUGGCCACAAACCAAAAUUUUUGUCAUUGGGUGGUGUUUUUUUUUCCUGUAAACUUUCUCCCCACCUUAUCCUCCCCGAAUCCGGCUUUUCUCCCCUUCUGAAGGGAUUUUUGCCGGGGCAGCCUGGAGAGGUGGGAAAGAGGAGAAAUGACCCCAGAGGGAGAGGGGCAUUAAAAAAAUCCCCCCCUCCUUUA